UUUUUUGUGCCGCGCCGCGGCGCGCAUGGACCACCCAGGGAGAGCGGCCCUGGGUGCCUGGCAGUGACGCGCGCCGCUAGUCCCGGACCGGCAAGUCUGGGACGCGGGAACGGGCGGAUGGUGCCGACGAUCGCGGGGCGUUGGGCGCGCGGCUGUGGAUUGUGCGUUAUUCUCCUGCCUCGCAUUGUUUGCUUUGCAUGGGGAGAUUUGCGCGGCGAGGCGUGGGCAUGGCAGGGCAUGGCAUGCGUGCGUGGAGGCGUGCGUGAGCUCCCCAUGCCAUGCCGUGCCGUGCCGUGCUGGGGAAGAGAGGGAGGGCGAGGAAGCGAAGCGUGCGCAGCGCAUUCUUGGAACCCCGUGGCGGGUAUUGCUGCGCGAUAUGCGAUGUGCGCUCUCGACAUGUCAAGGGGUGUGUGGUCUUUUCCAGCGAGCUUAUGCAGAUCAUAUCGUCCUAUGCUGCGUCGAAGUAACGAAAUGCAAAAACGAAAUGCAAUAACGAAAUGCAAAAACGCCCGGCGCCAAUGUAAGACAAGAUGGCCCAAGAACGCUGGCGCUGCUUGUUGCUGCUGCUGCUGCUGCCAAUGCAAUGAAUGCCAUUGUUCAUGCGCGCGCCGGCGCGGGCUCCGGUGCUCGGGUUGUGAUCAGUCGGGAGACGUGCUGUUCUAGGCUCCAGAGGCGGACAUCGAGGUCUUCGAGCCCGUCGCGCACAUUUCU